CCACAAAUAAAAGUCGCAAUCCCCUUUUGAUCAGUGACCAUCUCCCAUCAUUUUUCACCACCUAAACAAGUUUUCUCCUUUGCACAUUUCAUAUAUUUGGUGCUCUCUUUUCUCUCAUUUUCCCUUUUCUUCUUCUAGAAGGCGUUCAUGAUUAUGAAGCUGUUGGCAAUCUGUUAGUUAAGACAACAUUCCCAUAAAUUCACCCUUUUUCUGAAAGAGAGAAGCCAUGACUUCGGAGGGUAGUUCGUCGUUGAAAGAGGAGUUAUCGGAUUCCGAUGGAAAACCAGUUAGUCGGAAUCCGAGUGAAGCCUCCAUUUACACCGAGGACGACGAAGAAGUCGGCCUCAUCCAGCUCGGUCCUAAAUGUACAAUUAAGGAACAUCUCGAGAAAGAUAAGGAUGAUGAGAGCUUGAGGAAGUGGAAGGAACAACUCCUAGGGGGUGUGGAUGUGAACGCUAUUGAUGAGGCUCAAGAGCCAGAUGUGAAGAUCAUGAGCCUGAUGAUAUCAUCUGAGGGGAGGGCGGACAUUGUGCUUCCGAUCCCGGAGUCGGGCAACAUUAAAGGGUUGUGGUUCACGCUAAAGGAAGGAAGUCAUUACCGUCUCCGAUUUUCGAUCAAGGUCAGCAAUGACAUUGUGUUAGGCCUCAAGUACACUAACACGGUGUGGAAGUCUGGCAUCAAAGUUGAUAGCUCGAAACAAAUGCUUGGAACCUUUAGCCCACAGGCGGAGCCCUACUUGCACGAAAUGGAAGAAGAGACUACUCCGUCUGGCGUUUUUGCUAGAGGCUCGUAUUCAGCCAGAACUAAGUUCAUAGAUGAUGACAAGAAGUGCUAUUUGGAGAUCAACUACACAUUUGACAUACAGAAAGAGUGGGCAAAGUCUUAAAUAUUGCUGCAGCAAGGAAUUACAAUUACUUCCCCCAAAUAAGGCCGGCCCCACAGCCACGUCACUAGACUGGCUGAUAAAAUUAGUUACAAAAGUUUUAAGAUAAAAAUGAGUACUUUUUUUUUGUAAAAUUGGUACUUUUAGUUGCUUGCAUCUAUAAUUUGCCUGUGUUAAAUUAGUCCAUUUUCACGGCAACUUUGGUAGAAUGUUGAGCUUUAAAAUGUUAAAUUGUGGAGUGAUACUUUUUAUGUCUUUAACAUUUUUUUUUCUUGGAGAAUAAAUAUGUAUACUCGGUAAAUUUAUAAAA